CAGUGUCGAGUUCGCUUUCGCUUCGCGCCAAUAUUUCUUUCAUAUUUCUCUUUAUGUUUAGUCAGUUUUAGAUUAACUUAAAUAUUUCUUUUUUUCAGUUUUAUCACAUUUAAAUAACAGUAACUAUCAUUAUUACGCGCAGUUUUUCUUCACUGUUUAAAGCUCUCCGUACAAAAUAUAAAAUGCCGGGUGCAAACGAAGUAACUUUGAAAGUCACUCGCCUCACCGAACAUGCUUUCCUACCUGUAAAAGGGUCUGAAAAGGCUGCUGGAUUUGACUUAAAAAGUGCAUAUGAUUAUACAGUGCCUGCCCGUGGUAAACAAUUGAUAAAAACUGAUCUUCAGAUAGAAUUGCCGUCUGGAUGUUAUGGACGUGUAGCUCCACGUUCAGGUUUGGCAGUCAAAAAUUUCAUUGAUGUUGGUGCCGGUGUGAUUGAUGAAGAUUAUCGUGGCAAUGUUGGAGUAGUACUCUUCAAUCAUUCAGAUCAGAAUUUUGAUGUCAAGAAAGGUGAUAGAAUUGCGCAAUUAAUCUGUGAACAAAUCUUCCACCCAGUUUUAGAGGAAGUUAGCAAUCUUUCAGAUACCACAAGGUCAGAUGGAGGAUUUGGUUCUACUGGAAUGCAGUAAUUGUUGACUUUAUUUUACUUAAUAAGCUUAGCAUUAUUGCUGGUCCUCUCGUAAUUUUAAUGAUUAGUAAGAACUAUAGUUUUAAAUUGAUUAAUAAGUAAUGAUGUAAAUGUAAGAGUAACAGAAAACUGUUAUAUGUGCCUGUUUUGUAUUAUAUAUAGCAGCGGAAUACUUAUAACAAAUGAUUGUAGGUAACAGACCAAUUAUGUUUCCCAAGUAAAUAAAACUCAUGUUUCUUUAAAA